AUGUCUAUUGACCGGGGGGGUCAGGCUCUUUGUCAGUUUUUUCAUUCGAGAAUAAUCGAUAUUGACUAUGUCAUGGACGAGAUUAUGGACUACUAUGCUCGACCACCAGAGGUGAUCUGUGAUAUGGGCUCGGGUAAUAAGGUUGACAUAUGGGUAAUUGGAAUGAUGGUCUGGAAAUUUGCGACCGGCAGAAAUUCCUUUCUCGCCGACGCUGAUGAGAAUUUGGACCUUGACGAACAGCACUUGGCGGAGAUGAUAUCUCACAUGGGCCCUUCUCCUCUUAGCUUUCUAAAAUCCACCUACAAAUGGGAACAGGAGAAUUGGUUUGAUUAA